UGUGUGUGUGUAUGUGUGUGUGUGUGUGUGUGUGUGUGUGCAUCUUCACAGGGAUUUAAAGAGUAUUUUUCUUUUAUUUGGUGAUAUAAUUGAGAGAUGGUAGAGGGUUUUUGGAAUUACAGGUCAAAAUAAUUGACCGGAAACUUCUGAGGCGUGUAGAAAUACGAGCCUGUGGAUUUGAGCCAGCCGUUGUAUGCGUGAACCUUUUGUGGUAGGGAGGGGCUGUGGGUGCACACAUACACUGAGGGAGAGAUAAGGACGUGUUAGCAGGUUGUCAGAUGGGGACUGCAGCACCUCACAGUCCCAGAUGUCCCUUUCUCCUUGCGGUGAUCAUUUCUCUGCCUUCCUUACCACCAUUAUGGAUCUUUUGUCAAUCACAAGACGCUCAAUGAGAUUGAACAGAGCAGCUGCUCUGACUGACCCCCUUCAAGUGGAAUUCUGAGACAAGGUGAAAUCCUUCAGUAUGGUGAGCCAUCCUUCUGCUGCCACACUUCAGAACCUCUUGCUGUGUUUCCUAUUGUCGGUGUGUAGUUGGAACAGGGCAGCCUGUGCUCUUGGGGAGGGCCGGAAGAUUUGGCAGCAGCCCAAGACAGACCCCAUCGAAGCCCAGUCUUUACUUCAUGACACUUUCCCUGUAGGAUUUCUCUGGGGUUCAGGGACGUCUGCCUUCCAGACAGAAGGAGCAUGGAACCAGGAGGGGAAGGGAACCUCCAUCUGGGACCAUUUCACCCACUCAUCUGUCAGUGGGAAUUCAGCAGCGGAAACUGCAAGUGUGGCAAGUGACAGCUACACUCACUGGGAAGAAGAUGUUAAGGCUCUGGAGUUGCUGGGUGUAAGAUCUUACUCCUUCUCUCUCUCCUGGCCGAGGCUCUUUCCUGAUGGGAAUGCCAUGAGUCAGCCCAACAAAGCUGCUGUGGAGCAUUACAGCCGCCUCAUAGAGAGGCUUCUGGAAAAGAAGAUCGAGCCCAUCGUCACUCUCCAUCACUGGGACUUGCCACAGGCCCUGCAGGAGCGAUAUGGAGGCUGGAAAAACGACACGCUGGUGGGACUGUUUGAGGAGUAUGCUGCCUUUUGUUUCAACACGUUUGGGAGUCGUGUGAGGUACUGGCUCACGAUGCAUAACCCAUACCUGAUGGCUGUACAGGGGUAUGGGACAGGUGUGCACGCUCCUGGAGAGGUGGGGGGUCCCUCUAGCUCUCUUAUUGUGGCCCACAACCUGAUCAGGGCACACGCCAAAGCAUGGCACACCUACAACACCCAUUUCCGCCCAACUCAGAAGGGUAAAAUAUCAAUUGUUCUGGGAUCACACUGGGUUGAGCCUCAAAGAGGCCAAGCCACCACUGCCAAUGUUGAGCUUUGCCAGCAGUCAGUAGAGGCUGUGCUCGGCUGGUUUGCCAACCCCAUCUUUGGAGAUGGGGACUAUCCAGUCUCUCUCAGAAUCAAGCAUGGGGCCCUCGUGCCCACAUUCACCCCUGAGGAGAAGCUCUGGGUGCAGAAAACCGCAGACUUUUUUGCUCUGUCCUUCGGGCCUAACAACCUCCGUCUGGGUCGGAGCCUGGUCCAGUAUGGGCAGACUGUGACCCCAGUCCUGAGGCGCAUAUUGAGCUGGAUAAAGCUGGAGUACGGGGACCCAAGGUUGCUUGUGGCUGAAGGAGGCUGGUUCUCUGAAGCAAGUGUGGAAAGGGAGGACACAGUGCCCAUCUAUCUAAUGAAGAGUUUUAUCAACCAGGUCCUACAAGCUAUUAAGUUUGAUGGUGUGCAGGUGUUUGGCUACAUUGCCUGGUCAUUGGUGGAUGGAUUUGAGUGGAAUUAUGGCUACACUGUUAGGCGAGGCCUUUUCUACAUUGACUUCAACGAACCAAAUCGUACCAGGACCCCCAAGACGUCUGCUCAGUACUACCAGCAUGUUGUCGCUGGCAACGGCUUCCUCAAAGAUAAAACCUUCAGAGAGGUUAAAGGUCGUUUCCCUUGUGACUUUCACUGGGGUAUUGCUGACUCCACUUUACAGGUCCACUUCGACCCUUUCUCACCACAGUAUACUGACCCUCAUUUGUACAGCUGGAACCUGACGGGAGAUGGAUCAUUGCUUCCCAUCCCAGGGGUGAAGCUCCCCAUAAGACCGGCCCAGUGCACCGACUAUUUGGCCAUCCGUAGUCACCUUCGUUUAUUUGCAUCCACAGGGGCAUCUCACUACCGCUUUGCCCUAAACUGGUCUCUGAUCUUACCCCAUGGAGACCUCUCUAAUGUGAACACUGAGGCUCUGAGGUACUACCGCUGUGUCCUGACCGAGCUCAGGAAGCUGAACCUGGAGGCUGUCGUAAUUCUCUACUACCCCUCACACAGAGCUCCAAAUCUGGGUUUACCAGGGCCAAUUCAUGCUUCUGGGGGCUGGCUCAACUACAGCACAGUUGAAGCUUUUCAGGAAUACGCAGCACUAUGCUACCAACAGCUGGGGUCCUGGGUUCGAUACUGGAUCACCAUCAAUGAGCCAAACAGACUCGUAGACAUUUAUUCCAAUGCGAAAGAGAAGCAUCAAGCAGCUCAUAAUCUUCUUCUGGCUCAUGCAAAAGCCUGGAGGUUAUAUGAGAGGGAACAUUUCAGUCAACAGAGAGCACUGGUAUCACUCGCACUACAUGCUGACUGGGCUGAACCGGCCAACCCCUUCCUGGACUCACAUACGGCAGCAGCACAGAGAUUCCUUUUGUUUGAACUUGGUCGCUUUUUAGACCCGUUGCUGGGAACCAGGUAUGAGGAGAAGCAUAGCCAGGGGGGGUACCCAAAAGAAAUGAGGGCAUACCUGGAUGAGAGAGCUCGAGUAAUGGGCCUCCCUGGAUCUCCUCUGCCUACUUUUACUGACACGGAGAAGGAGGAGCUGAGAGGGGCUUUGGAUUUUAUCGCAUUGGACCAUUUUACCACCCGUUUGGUGUCUCCAUAUCCUCACACACAAGACAGUUUUCAGCAAAAAGAACCGCCUGAUCAUGACUGUCUUACCCUUUCUGAUCCCACCUGGCCUUCAUCCAGUCUGGGGCAGGCUACUGUACCCUGGGGCCUGAGGAAGACGCUGAACUGGGUGAACCAGAGAUAUGGAAGGGCUCUACCUAUCAUUGUGACUGCCAGUGGGGUUGAUGAUCAGGCUCCCGUUGAGGACAAACUCAGGCAACACUACCUCAGGAGUUACCUGCAAGAGGCUCUCAAAGCUCACCAUUUAGAUAGAGUCAACCUGCAGGGCUUCUACAUGUGGAAACUGCAAGAUCGACAUGUCCCCCAGUUUGGGCUUUUCACUUCGAACCAACACCAAUCCAAAGCGAAGGCCUCCGUCGCUGUCUACAGAGAAAUUAUCACUCACAGCGGUUUCCCGGAGGAUGACACCGUGCGGACCUGCAGGCUCAGCGAGCUGCGCGAACGCUGCUCUGCAUGUGAAUGGAUGUUCAAGAACAAAGCGAUGUUGGUUUUCGGAGGCUGCCUCCUGGUAACAGCUGUUAUGUUGACAGCACUCGUUAUCUUUGUCGUCAUCACCAAGAGAAACCAAAGAAGAGGCAGAGGGAGGAGGACGAACAGGAUGCACAGGAGGCGAAGAAGGGAAGGAGUACCUGUAUGCUCAUAUCCAUCUGUUCUUAAGCGCUAACUGUGGAAGAGGUUGACUCAGUACAAAUUAUGUGUAGCUCAGAGACAGAGACGAUCCGUGAUCUGGUCCAUUGAUACUUGUUGUCUGAUCAAUUUUCCCACAAUCACUGUAAAGAAAAAGUGUCUUCAUCCAUUAUACUGUAAUGAUGGGUUAUUAAAAAAUGGUAUGGAGGGAAAUGAGCCGGGGUAAUUGUGUAAGUUCCUUUAUUUGUGUAUUAAAAAAGACCACGAGAUGGCAACAGAUUUACUGAAUGUCACGUCUCGUACAAAACUUGAGUAUGUGAGCUCUGUGGUUUACAGUAAAGAAAAAAAAACUUUUCAUAAAUGUUGACCCCAUUUUUGACCUUCACUGUGGAGAAAAUGUGUAAAUGCCAUGAUUCUUGUUGUGUAAAAAAAAUUCUGUCAGUGAGGAUUCAAUUGUGUAGAUCAGACUAUAAUGUGGCUAUAUGAUAGUUUAUACCAAGAUAAGAGACAUUUAGCUCACACAUCAUUGUGGAUUGUAUCAGAAAGAAGAGGUGGUAUCCACUUUAUUCAAACACGAGAAGUGACGUUUACUGUGGCACCCAUGACACAGUCACCAACGUCUAUCUUCAUGGGACAAGGAUGCCCCCUAGUGUCACUGUACGCAGCGUUUUCACUGUAAAAUGAUGGUCCUGUCCUUUCUCUAAAAAAAAUGGGAGGAAUACCAAAAGUACAUGAAAUGCUUUUCGUUUUAGAGGACGUCAUGGUUGCUACUUCUUUAGUACGGUAAACUUAGAGUACAGUUUGUAUGGCAACACAUGUGGAUGCGUCAUCUCUUAUCUAUUCUGUGGUGACUUAAAAGUAAGACAUAUUUUCUUUUAACUCAUCUGAUUCCCUACCUGUUUUCAAAGGCAUCUUAGAUUUGUAUGAGAGACGGAUCUGAGAUGCACUGGCUCAACUCCAAUCGUCAGGCAAAAUGAGGAGCUUGUCGUUUACUUGUGAUCUUACAGCUGCAGUGGAAAGGGACUGCAGGUGAUACAUAGUGGUAGUGUUGCCUAACUUCACUGAAGGGCGUUUUCUGACCCUGAGUGAGUGAACACUUGGUAAUCUGCUAGUCACUGUGUUGAAAAUAAAAAGCCCCAACAGUUUA